CGCGCACAAGUUGAGGGCGGGGCUGCACCUGUGCAGGUGAGGAUGGGUGGAGGCUGGUUUCACUGAUGUGUUGUUAGAGAAGGCAGAUAUAUGAAACUCUCGGUAUUCAGCGGGCGUUUCCUGAAGGCUGAGCGUUUGGCAGAUCCUUGAAAUACUCCCGUAGGAGCGAGCACGGAUUACAAAAUAUUUACCAGCUUUGACUUUGGUAAGGAAGGAAGAGGGAAGCUAACAUCAUGCCGAAAAAAUCAAGUCGCCCUCCUGCACAUGGUAGCAGACAUCACCACCGAUCCUCCCAUCGCACACAUUCUUACCACCCUGAUGAAAUGCUUCACUUUUACCGCUGGACAUCACCCCCAGGUGUCAUGAAGAUUUUGUGCAUCAUUAUCAUCAUUUUGUGUGUGGCUAUGUUUGCCUGUGUAGCCUCCACACUGGCAUGGGACUAUGAUGCCAGCGCCAUGGGCCUCGGGAGUCUUGGGAUGGGAGGCAGCUAUGGCGGUGGAACGUAUGGCAGUGGAUCGUAUGGCAGUGGGCUUGGUGGAGGAAGUUACGGUGGGGGUCUCGGAGGCUACGGCUAUGGAGGCGGCACAUACAUGGACCCGAAAUCAGGCAAGGGCUUCAUCAUAGCGAUUGCGGCGAUCACCUUUAUCACUGUGCUCAUCAUCUUUAUCCUGGUGGUGUCGAGACAGAACGCUGCACAGUCUCCCUCGUUCUAUCUGGCCUCCAUCAUUAUUUGUGGCAUUCUGGCUGCACUCAUGCUCAUCGCCACCAUCGUGUACCUGGUCGCUGUUAACCCCACUUCUCAGACGUCUGGAUCCAUGAUGUACAAUCAGAUCCUUCAGAUGUGUGCACAAUACCAGAACCAAGAACAGGCCUCUGGCAUCUUUAUCAAUCAAUAUUUAUACCACUACUGUGUAGUGGAGCCUGAAGAGGCCAUUGCCAUUGUUCUUGGGUUUGUGGUUGUGGUUGGAUUGAUCAUCUUACUUGUGUUCGCGGUGAAGACCCGAGGGCAGAUCAGGAGAUACGGCAGGGAGCGUGUUCUGUGGUAUGACGUGAAGACCAUCACAGACGGACUCACGUCUCAAGGCAUCGGGGAAUGGGUUAAUAAUGUUUCCGGACAUCCAGAGGCUUUUGUCAAUGACCACAAUGAUAAAAUUGGAGUUACACAGCCAAUGGUUUACAGCCAGAAACCACUUUACCUUCCAAGUGGUUCUGACGUCACAAGCUCUUUAAGUGGACUGAAGGGCAAACUUAGAGAAUAUGACACUGGAGAGUCUGGAGAUGAGCUGGACACUGACUAUCAAAGUGAGUAUCCUCCCAUCAUUAAUGAGCAGGAGAGGCUUGAGUACAAGAGAGAGUUUGACAGAGACCACAUGGAGUACAAGCGUCUUCAGGCUGAGCUAGAUGAUAUUAAUCAGGGCUUGGCAGAAGCAGAUCGAGAGCUGGACCGCUUCCAGGAAGGCAGCCCACAGUUCAUGGAUGCAAUGGAUGUAUACAACAGGCUUAAAAGUUUGAAGAAGUCUUCAGACUAUCAGAUGAAAAAGAAAAGGUGUAAACAGCUGAAGACAAAACUGUCUCUGAUCAAAAGAAGGGUCAGCGACUAUGACCACAGACAAUAAAACCUGGCACUGGAAACUCUGGAGGGUAUAUCACGUGGCAUUAUGUUUUGUUUUGGGACUUUACUGUAUCUGUAUUUCUGUAUUAAAUGUCUGUAUCACUGUAUUACUAUCAAGAACUGCGUGGUUUUGCUUUUGAGCCAAACUACAUUUGAUCAGAAUAUUGUGGUAUCAAUGAAGUAUUUCGUUUUAUUUUUUAAAGCUGGAUGAAGUCUCCUUUUAACCUUUUAUCUUUAUCCUGAGACAUGUAGUCAAGUCAAAGUUAGUGUAUCUUAUAAUGACACUGUGAGCACUUUUUGUAAUAGUUUUAGGGAUCUUCAAGCAAAGACAUUCCAAUGUUGUUUGUUAUAAUAAUUUCUUAGUGGAUUUUCUUUUCUUUUUUUGUUUACUUUCAUGUUGAUUGAUCUGUCACCAGAAUCGCAAUCUAGUAUUAUUAUUAUUUUUUUAAGUACAAACUUAUAGAAUAGGUGUGAUUUCGAUUUCAAUCAUAAAGUUCAUAUAAUUUGGUUCUUUACCUCAGUUCUGUCGAAUUUAUAGAGAAUUCAAAAAUUUUAAUGUGGAAGGCGACUUGUUGAAUGUACAGUACUUUUUUUUUUUUUUGGCUUGUUAUUUGUGUACAUAGUAAAAUAAAGCCAUUCAAUUUCCAAA